AAUUCUCUCCACGGCACUUGAACGAUAUAUCCACCUCUGUUGUUUUAUUUUCGUCCGCAGCUUGAUCCGAGCACCACCCGUUGAAUAGGAGGAGGAUUAUUCAGGGCCGGCCGUCGUAAUAACAGGACCGGGCGGAAUUACACUCGGCUGUUUUUUGUUUUUUUUGUGUGUGUUGCGGCGAUUGACGUCGCUAAAUUUUGACGGUCGCGUGGACGCGGCGCGCCGACCCACCUGCGCCAUCGGAACCGGGCCCGUGUUUAUUCAUAGGGACAACUCGUGAUUCGAAACAUGACCCGCUCGCACUCGCUGGUUGCGCUCGUCGCCGGGCUGGCGUUUCUAGGCUAUGCCAGGGCUGUUACUCUAGAGGUGAGGGAGGGGAACUCCACCUGCAUCAAGGCCGAGCUGUCCGCCUCUCUCUCCAUCACGUACAACACCUCCAAUGCCACGAGUACGGCGCAGGUGUCUCUCCCCGAGUCCACCACAGUUGAUGCAAGCAGCAGCUCGUGCGGCAGCAAUGCCAGUUUCCCGUGGCUGGUGGGCGUGUUUGGAACCGGCCAUGCCCUCAGCCUGGGCUUCUCCACCAAUGGCAGCAUGUACAACGUGUCCAACCUGAUUCUGCAGUACAACCUCAGUGACCCCUCCAUCUUCCCACAGGCCAACAGCUCUAGUGUGGUCACCGUGGUGUUGACCUCUGUCGGGAUCUGGGCGAGGGUCAACACAACCUACCGCUGUAUUAGCCCUGCAUCCGUUACCGCGGCCGGGGUAACUGUCACUUUCUCAGAUAUGAAGCUGGAAGCAUACAUGCCUGGAGAUGACCUCAGUCCUACUGAAAGCGUGUGUGUAGCGGAUCAAGUCAGUACCACUGUUCCCCCUCCUCCUGUACCGACGACGUCCCCAACGCCGGUCCCCACUCCAGGACCACCAGAACGGGGAAACUACACCCUAACCAACAGCAACGGCACCGUGUGUCUCCUGGCCCAAAUGGGACUGCAGUUCAACGUCUCCUUCAUGUCGGCGUCCCAGAAUAAGACUGUCCAGGAACUUGUCAACCUGCAUCCCAAUCUGACAGCUGCCUCGGGAUCAUGUGAAGCCAGCAGCGCUACCCUGGUCCUGAUGCAGGAGCGUACGACCAACCUCACCUUCAUCUUCACCCUGAACUCCACGUCUAACAAGUAUUACCUCAGCGGCGUAACUCUGGACGCCGCUUGGCCCGAUAUGACAGCUCCCUUCAGAGCCAGCAACACCAGUCUGGACUACCUGAGGAGUACGCUGGGCCGCUCCUACAUGUGCAGUGCUGAGCAGACUCUGGCUGUUGUGCCAGCGUUCACCCUGAACACCUUCAGACUGCAGGUCCAGCCCUUCGGGGUCUCCACCAAUCAGUUCGCUACAGCGGAAGAGUGUCAGAUGGACCAAGACCAAAUGCUGAUCCCCAUCGUGGUGGGAGCCGCGCUGGCGGGCUUGGUGCUAAUUGUGCUAAUCGCCUAUCUUAUCGGCAGGAAGAGGAGCCAUGCUGGGUACCAAACCAUCUGAAUGGAUGCAGCUGAUUCUAUCACCUCAUGUAACUAGAAUCUGAAUGAGUGGUGUGUUGAUAAUCCGUCGCGUGUGUGUGUGUGAGAGAGAGAACGAGUAGUAGACUGUGCGAGUGCACGUGUGAAUGGGUAUAAGCAAUAGCUACACUGCAGUGCAUGCUUGUGUGUGUGUGUGUGUUUUUGCAUUGCCUACGCGACCUCUGAAUAUUUUUUUUUCUGUUUUAACUUGUCUCCUGGGAUGACAAAGAGAAGUCCAACAUCUGUUAUGACAGCAACCACUGUCCAGUAAAAGCUUGUUUGUGAGUUUUAGGUAGUCCAGCCUUUGCAUUUUGGGAACACUGGAGCAACGUAUGCCAUCGUAAAGCCCGUGUCGAUGAUCAAGAAUGAUACUGACGUUUCGUAGAACGGACCCUCAAUAUCACGCUGCUUGUCUUUUGUCUGUGUGGGUCCGGUGAGUCGGCCAUACUGAAUUGUCUCUAGGUGUGAAUGUUUGUGUGGGCCCUGUGAUGGUCUGGCAGCCUGUCCAGGUUGUCUCCCCACCUGCUGCCCAGUGACUGCUGGGACAGGCUCCAGCAUCCCCAUGACCCUGGGAGCGGGGUAAACUGUUUGGAUGGCUGGAUGGAUGGAUGGAUGGCUGGAUGGGUCAAUUCUGCUUUGUUCCGCUCUCGCUGAAAUACGUUAAGUUUGACUGAAUCGGCCCGAAUUUGUGUUUAGCUUUUCAGGAAGUGUACGUCUUUGUAAUAAACGGCGAUUAUAAAAUCAUAUAGUUUAGGGGCAGGAGCGUAAGGUUGUGUUGAUUUCUGGUAAUAUAUAAAUGCUCAGUAUAUCAGUAUAUGAUCAAGUUAGACUGCAGCUGAGCCAACUCACAUUGCUGUGUUGCUGCGGUCUACUACACAAAGAUCAGCACUACCAAGGCUUCGUCCAAGUGUGAAACAUCCCGGCUUAUUAUCUUUAAAAUUUAAUCUUUUCUACUGCUAGCGACCAUUGUGUUAUUGACAAUGCCCACUCUUUCUAUGAAAAGGGAAAAACAUGUAACAUCUGGCACACUUCUCUGCUGGCGACGACGGAGAUCCUCGUGUUCGGGCUGUCGGCAUUUGUGUUUUGUCUGUUCAGGGCCAAGGGACACGACCCUGCAGAACAGGACAAAUUGAUGUUGGCAAAGUGUAAUUUUUUUUCUUCUUCAGAGGCUCUGUAAAAAGACUUCUACCACACGCACUCAGUACAGUUAAUAUGACUUGUAGUGAUAUGAUCAUAUUUUUAUAGUAAAUGCUUGGAUCUCAUUUCUAUUGUGUAUUUUAUUGAAUUCAAUAAUAAACCUAAAAAAAC